UUUUCAUCGAAUUUCCUGCAAAAAAAUUCAUCAACGAAUCGAUGCCAUAAAAGUGAUAUCGUAUCGAGUUUAGAUUUUUCAUUCGAAACAAGAAAAUUUUUCGUUCAUUAUUUAUUUUUUUUUUUGUUUGAAAAUGUUAAAAGAUAAUUAUUCUACCAUUAUUUUCGCCAUAUUUAUCAUCUUUUUUCUUCUAUCCGAUUAUCAAUUAUAUGAAAUCAUACAAAAUGAAUCAAAUAUGAAUAUAACGAUUACAGUGAAAACUGUGAUGAUUGAUCAUGUAAAUCUUUAUAUAUUUCAUCCAUUGACAGUAAUAUUUGUUGAAUAUACCCGUUUAUUAUACAUAUUUCCUUGGAUAACGGCAAAUCAUGUAUCAUAUAUGGGCGUUGUUUUUGCAUUGAUUGCUGCACGAUUAAUCCUAAGCGAUAGUCUUGCUAUCCGCCGAAUAGGUGUUUUAGCAUUUUUUGGUCGCCAAUUUAUGGAUGAUCUUGAUGGCUAUAUUGCACGUUGUCGUUUAGGUAUUGAUGCUAAAAAACAGGUUUCGGUAACCAAUUCCAGUGGUUAUAUUGUCGAUGGUAUAUGUGAUGCAAUCGGUGUUAUCAUAUUCUGGUAUGCUGCAUUCCGUUAUGCUUAUCAUCGGCAACCAAUUGGUGCAAAAUCAUCAAAUGUUCUACAUACACAUACAACAUAUACAUUGUUAAAUGAUGAAAAAAGUUAUGAUACCAUAAUGAUGAAUAAUAAUCAUCAUCAACGUUUUCAAACAAUAAAACAUUACCUUUUGCUAUUGAUACAAAUUGGUCUUUCAUCAUUAACAUGGAAUCUAUUUCUAAAUCAAUAUCAUUAUACACUUGAUCCAAGUAUUACCGAUGGUUUCAAUGUUCGUACAGAAUUACAAGAAGAAAUUUUUAAAUCAUCAUUAAUGUAUACAAUAGCAUGGUUUUGGCGUUUAUUGAAUCCACAUUCAUUUACAAAUUAUCUAUUGAUUGCCAUUUGGUUGAAUCGUACAAAUCAAUGGGUAAAACAAUCGAAUAAAUAUGCAUUCUAUCUAAUCAUUGGACUAUCAUUUUUAUGUUUCAUUCAUUUGAAAGAUAUAAAAUUUCGUCUUACCGAUCAUUUAACAUUAUUCUAAUAUAGAAAAAAAAAGAAAUCACACAAUCAAUCAUCAAAUUCAAAAUCAAAAUCAAAUUAAUAUCAUCAUCAU